AUGCCCGUGCGGGUCCUGUCAUCACCCAAGGACAGAAAUGACACCAUUUCACCUUCUACUGGUUUACCAAGAACAGAUGGUUCAAAAUCCGGGAGAAAAAGACUCGUUCUUGCUAGGAACGAAUCGAAAAUGUCAAUCGGGGUUAAGGUAAUUAUCAUCCCAUCUUCUAAUCGUCCCUAUAAAAAUGCCCAAAAUCGGAAGUUUGCUGAUUUACCUUAGUCUGCAGGACGUUGCUAAAUUGGAAAGAAUUCGCGAUGAGUUGGAGGAAAGAACAGGGAGAGCAUCCAGCUUUUCAAGGUGGGCAGAAGCAGCGGGAACUGACGAGAGGACUCUUCAGCAGCGUCUGCAUUUUGGCUGGUAUUGCAAGGACAGCCUCUUGAAAAGUACUCGGUCCUUGGUCAUCUACCUCGCCAGAAGCUACCGAGGAAUGGGGAUCGCCUUUGACGACCUAAUUCAGGUUCAUCUGAGACUCCUGUUGUUGAACCAUCUACGCAUCUAAUCCCCGGGUGUGGCCAUAAGUUGACCCAUAUAUCCGUAUAUACUGCAGGCUGGGAGUAUAGGUGUCCUGCGAGGUGCGGAGAGAUUUGACCCCAGCAGAGGAUACAGGUUUUCUACAUACGUUCAGUAUUGGAUUAGGAAAUCAAUGCUAGCUGUAGUAGGCAGAUACUCUAGAGGGAUCCACAUACCUGUACGUUCCUACUUCUGGGCCUGUGCUUCAGUUUAUUCCUGCCAACAGUUUCACCUCAGAGGAUAACCAUUUGCUCAUUGUCUCUGGUAGGCAACAAUGGAGAAGGCCAUCAAGCAGGUACAAAAAGCCAGGAGGACCCUGUCUACGGCCAAACACAGACGUCCACUAGACGCGGAUGUAGCUGAGCUCACCGGCCUAUCACUGGCCAAGGUCAGGUUGGCCGGCCAAUGUGGGAGAGUUGUUGGCUCUAUUAAUCAGAAGAGAGGAGACGACUUGAACAUCAAAGUCGCAGUAUGUGGUCUAAACCCUUCAAUCCCAUGUACAAAAAUCUCAGAAAAUCUGUCCAUCUGUGUAAACCCUCCUCUUGUCUUUCUGCAAUGUGAAGGAAACCAUGGCAGAUGUGACCAUCAGAACUCCAGAGGAGGCUGUAAUGAGGCAGCACAUGAGGAAUGACGUUGACAAGCUUCUGGAGAGCCUUCAUCCGAGGGAGCGGCAGGUCCUGUUGCUCAGGUACGGCAUGGUGGACGGCCGACGCCGAUCGUUGGAGGAGAUCGGGCAGCUGCUGCAUGUGAGCAAGGAGUGGAUCAGGAAGCUAGAGAUUGCGGGCCUGGCCAAGGUUCGGAAAGAGGAGAUCCAGAGGGAAUUGAAACACUACAUUCAUCCACACUCUAUUUAA